GGAAACCUGUCGUUCAUCAACUUCCGGUGUCACGGGGAACCUGGGAGACGGGGCAAAAAAGCGGGCAUACCGAAAUCUUUAUUGUUUUCGUCGGGCUCGAACCUUUUAACAGCGAAUACAUUUUACUCGUAAAGCCAAACGACGGCGCCUCGCGGGCCAGUGAUCCGCCGGGAUUUGCGUUUGGCUCGGUAACGACUCUCAUUCAUUCGGGAUUCGUGCUCGCUAGCUGGCUAACGAGGCUCCACACUAGCAGGCCCGUUCUUCUGGACUUUGCUACAAGCUAGUAAGCUAACGUUAGCAGGCUAACCCAUGCGCACGUUUCCCCUUUUCAAUGAUUCUGUCUGUUACGUUGUGAACACGCACCACGCCGCUUAUGUGUGCACCCUUUAACUCUUUUUGGUAAUUCCUUUGUAAGGCGGGCCGCUGGUUGAAGCUAACUUACCUCCGCUGCAUAGGCGAGACGCUUGUUUUUAAAAGUGUUGCCCACUUUGCUGCUAGCUUAAGCUAGCCACCGCCAACUGAACAACGCAGUCACCGGGAGCGCAGCAGCCUCCAGAUCACAGAGAUGUCGGACUUCGACGAAUUCGAGAGGCAGCUCUCCGAGAACAAACAAGCUGAAAGGGACAAAGAGAACCGCCACCACCGCCGGUCCUCCUCCCGCAGCCGCAGCAGAGACAGGAAAAGGAGGAGCAGAGACAGGGACAGACGCAGCAGGGACCGCCGUGGGGACAGUAAGGAGCGCAGGCACAGACGCAGCAGACAGCUCACCCCCCCGCCCAUCCAGAAAGCUCCUGCGCGCAUGCGUGUUUUUGUAUCUGGAAAGGAGGGAAGAGACUCAGAGAACAUGGAGAGUCUACAGACACGCUCACCAACCAGCUUCCCCCAGGAAAAUGCUGGAAGCCGUUCUCCACACCGUGAGAAGAAGAAGAAGGUGAAGAAGUACUGGGAUGUUCCUCCACCUGGUUUCGAACACAUCACUCCCAUGCAGUACAAAGCCAUGCAAGCUGCAGGCCAGAUCCCAGCCACAGCCCUCCUGCCAACCAUGACUCCAGAUGGCCUGGCUGUUACUCCCACCCCAGUACCUGUAGUGGGCAGCCAGAUGACCCGGCAGGCCCGCCGACUCUACGUCGGCAACAUCCCCUUUGGUAUCACAGAGGAAUCCAUGAUGGACUUCUUCAAUGCCCAAAUGCGUUUGGGUGGUCUAACUCAGGCCCCUGGAAACCCUGUCCUUGCAGUACAGAUCAACCAGGAUAAGAAUUUUGCCUUCCUUGAGUUUCGUUCAGUGGAUGAAACAACACAGGCCAUGGCCUUUGAUGGAAUCAUCUUUCAAGGCCAGAGCCUCAAAAUUCGCCGUCCCCAUGAUUACCAACCUCUGCCGGGCAUGAGCGAGAAUCCCAGUGUCUAUGUGCCUGGUACACAGACAAUUAAUGGUGUGGUGUCAACAGUGGUGCCUGACUCUGCUCACAAGCUCUUCAUUGGUGGCUUGCCCAACUACCUGAAUGAUGACCAGGUGAAGGAGCUGUUGACGUCAUUUGGUCCUCUGAAGGCCUUCAACCUGGUGAAAGACAGUGCCACAGGCUUAUCUAAAGGAUAUGCUUUCUGUGAAUAUGUUGAUGUCAACCUGAAUGACCAGGCUAUUGCUGGGCUGAAUGGCAUGCAGCUGGGAGACAAGAAGCUCCUGGUGCAAAGAGCAAGUGUGGGAUCCAAGAAUGCCACUCUGACAAGUAUGAACCAGACCCCCGUGACGCUGCAGGUGCCAGGUAUGAACAGCUCAGUAACUCAGAUGGGCGGCCUGCCCACUGAGGUGCUCUGUCUGAUGAACAUGGUGGCCCCCGAAGAGCUGGUUGAUGAUGAGGAAUAUGAGGAGAUCGUGGAGGACGUCAGAGACGAGUGCAGCAAGUACGGCCAAGUCAAGAGCAUUGAGAUUCCUCGACCUGUGGACGGCCUGGAAGUGCCUGGGACUGGCAAGAUCUUUGUGGAAUUCACAUCCGUCUUUGACUCCCAGAAGGCCAUGCAGGGGUUGACAGGACGGAAGUUUGCCAACAGGGUGGUGGUGACCAAAUACUGCGAUCCAGACGCUUAUCACCGCCGAGACUUCUGGUAGAGGAAGCAUGAAGUAAAGAGGGAGGGUGGGGGGUGGGGGUGGGGGUGUAUGUACUGCCUAUUCCAAAUCAGGCCCCUGAGUGAUUUGGUAGAGCUACAUUUCAAGUAGAUUUGAGAAUAUUAAGCGUUUGACAAAUGGUGACAUCCAAUUUAUCAUUUGAGAUCUACGUGAAAUGUCCAGCAGUUAAACAGUUAUUUGGAACAGGAGAAGAGUGGGGGUUUAAAUCCAAAAGAAAAGAGGGGUUGUAGGUUUGGGUGGGGGAGGGUGGGUGGGGGGCGUCAAAGAAUUUUGAGAAAUGUGUGUAAUAAUGGGUCCAGGGCGGGGUCAACAAUUUUUAUACUUUGUGAAACAGGGAUGUCGUUCGGGGUGGGAGGGGGGGUACCACACCUAAAGGUUUGUAUUUAAAUGGAGGUAGCCUGUUUUAAGUACAUUAGGAGGGAGUCGCAGUAGGAAACUAAUUGGACUGUUUUGAUUGGAUGGAGAUGUGUUUGUGAAAGGGAGAUGUGGGGGAGAUGGAGAGGAAGAUGAGGGUGUUUUCGUUUGACCAUAUAAUGUAGAUAUACAGUAGCUGUAACAUCAACCUCAGUUUUGCCAUCAUUAGAAAGCCAAGGGGAUAUUUGUUCAUUACUGGAUUUUAUUUUUUAUGUUUGGACAUUUCCUGAUGUUCCUUUAUUCUCAUCUGACUACUGCCCCCCUCAGGACGAUUGUUAGAGAAACUGUUGUCUAAUUGGACUCUAUCUGAAUGUCAGCUGUACGUGUUCCGAUACUGUGUUUAGCUUCUCUGAUCUGAGCUGUAAUAUCGCCUCAUAUUCAGGCAGCAGACUUUCAUCAUGAACUGCAGAAAAAACAUUUUCAAUACACAAGUUUGCUUUUCUUUACUACGUUCUGUAACUUUUUCACGGCCAUCUUUUGUGCACAGCUUUUAGCAGGGGAGAUUGUUUUAUGUCUCAGCAGCUCAGUCUGGUUUAAUUGAAGAGGAAACAAAGAGACUGGGAGAGGUGAACAGAUUGGUACAUAAUGUGGAUUUAUCUCUUCCUAACCAAAAAGCCUUAAUGUUAAACAUCCAAUUCUAAAGAAGGAAAAUUCGGCACCUGUAACGAUGAUGUCUCUAUGUUCAUAAAUGUCACUCAUGCUUUAGUCUCACGUCACCACUAUCCGUUUUUGUGUCCUUGCAGAACGGCAUCUAAAGUGUAUUGAAACCUUUUUUGGGGGUUUGUGUGACAUUUCACCUCUUUUGACAAGACCAAAUAAACAUGUAACGAACA